AUGGCUCCUAAAUAUGGGAUUAAUACUAGACUUGUUAAAGUUGUGAAUGACGAUCAUAACAAGGCAUCGAUUCCACCAAUUUAUCAAUCUACGACAUUCAAGGCAGACUCGAUUGAUGGGUUUUCAAACUCCAAAUACGAUUACACAAGAUCCGGCAAUCCGACCAGAACUGUAUUGCAGAAACAUCUAGAAUCGAUCUUUGAUUGUAAGUUUGCAUGGGCUGUUAAUUCUGGCAUGGCAUGUCUUGAUGUUAUUUUAAGUGCUCACGUUAAACCUGGUGAAGAGGUUAUUGCUGGUCAGGACUUAUAUGGUGGUUCUGAUAGAUUACUUCAUUUCUUUGAAAAGAAAUCAAACUUGGUUAUUAAGCAUUAUGAUACUACUAACUUGUCAUUGAUGAAGAAAGUCAUAACUCCUAAAACUAAGCUUGUGUUGUUGGAAUCUCCAACUAACCCUUUAAUCAACGUUGUCGACGUUAGAGCAAUCACCGAUCAUGCCCAUAAGGUCAAUCCAGACUGUGUUGUUGUUUUUGACAAUACUAUGAUGACUCCACUGUUGAUGUCUCCAUUAGAAUUGGGGGUGGAUAUUCAAUACGAAUCAGCAACAAAGUAUUUGAAUGGACAUCAUGAUAUAAUGGCCGGUGUUCUGGCCACCAACAACGAAGAGAUUGCGAAGAAACUAUUUUACGUUAUAAAUGCAACUGGUUCUGGCUUGGCACCUUUUGACUCUUGGUUGCUAAUUAGAGGUUUGAAAACCUUGUCGAUUAGAUUAGAGAGAGAACAAGAAAAUUGUAGGAAACUAGCAAACUACUUGGUCUCCAAAGGCUUUAAGGUUAGAUAUACCGGUUUAAAGGAUCAUCCUCAAUAUGAUUUGCAUAAUAGCCAAUGUAGAGGUCCAGGUGCUGUAUUAUCGUUUGAAACGGGUGAUCUCAACUUCUCUUCGACAAUUAUUGAACAUUGUGAAAUUUUCUCUACAACUGUUUCAUUUGGCUCGGUCUCAUCUCUUAUCUCCCUACCUUUGAGAAUGUCACACGCAUCGAUUGACCCUUCUGUUCUGGAAGAUAGAAAUUUCCCUCAGGAUCUAAUUAGAAUCUGUACGGGUAUUGAAGAUAUCGAAGAUUUAAUCAAUGAUUUGGAUAACGCUAUUAGAAUCGCAACUCGAAAGUGUAAUGCUAAGUUAUAG